AGAAAGAGACCGAAUGGUUCAAACUCGAGAAAAAGGAGGAAGAGGAGAUUUAGACUAAAGCUAGUUACUAGAAAAAACUAAACAAAGUUAAUCGAAUCUGGUUGGAACAAAAUGGCGAAUCUACCUCCAUCUCUCUCAAUGGGCACUCCUUUCGGUGGUCCCAGCAAUUCUGCCGGAGCUCCGGCGAACAAAGAUCGGAACUUGGCCUCCGCGGAGCAGUUGGUUCUCGAUCUCAGCAAUCCCGAACUCCGAGAGAAUGCUCUCCUCGAGCUUUCCAAGAAAAGAGAACUGUUUCAGGAUUUGGCGCCUCUCUUGUGGAACUCUUUUGGAACCAUUGCUGCCUUAUUACAGGAGAUAGUUUCGAUCUACUCUGUUCUUGCACCUCCGAAUCUGACUCCUGCUCAGUCCAACCGUGUUUGCAAUUCACUUGCCCUUCUUCAGUGUGUGGCAUCUCAUUCCGACACGAGAAUGUUGUUUCUCAAGGCUCACAUCCCACUCUACCUUUACCCCUUCCUUAAUACAACGAGUAAGUCUAGACCUUUUGAGUACUUGCGCCUUACUAGCCUAGGUGUCAUUGGUGCUCUUGUCAAGGUUGAUGAUACAGAGGUCAUUAGCUUCCUUCUUUCAACGGAAAUUAUUCCUCUCUGCCUUCGCACCAUGGAGAUGGGGAGUGAGCUGUCCAAAACCGUUGCGACAUUCAUAGUUCAGAAGAUCUUGUUAGAUGAUGUGGGGAUGGAUUACAUCUGCACAACAGCAGAGCGUUUUUUUGCUGUUGGUCGAGUUUUGGGCAAUAUGGUUCAGUCACUAGUGGAGCAGCCUUCUCCACGCCUUCUUAAGCAUAUCAUUCGUUGUUACCUCCGUUUAUCAGACAACCCAAGGGCUUGUGCUGCACUCGGAAGCUGUCUCCCUGACUCUCUACGAGAUGGAACCUUCAGCAAUUGUCUUCGCGAGGAUCAAAUCGCGAGGAGGUGGCUGCAACAGUUGGUUCACAAUGUUGGAGUUGGUCGAGUCCCAAGUCAUCAAGGUGGAGGAUUUGAGCACAUGCUUUGAUGAGUUGAAUGCAUCUCAGCCUAUCCUUUGGAGUGUUCUUUUUGUUUCUCUAAUUUAUUCAUGUGCUUGCUUUUGAUGCCUUUUACUUAGAUCUUUUAAUCUGUUUGAAAUUCUUAUUGUAAUUAUUUUAUAAACUUAAGAAAGCUCUCGAUAAUAUAUAGGACUGUUUACAAAUAAUGUAUUCAUAAAUUUUAUUCAUCAAAGCUUUGGUGGUCU